AUGGCCGCUCUCACUGUCCGCACACAGCGAUGUGUCUUAUUGACUGGUAUUCUCAUUUUGGUGGUCUUAAUUCAAUCUGCCACCGCUCUGAUUGAAGGAUUGUACUGCGGAACAGAGUCGUGCUACAAUGUGCUUAGAUUACAAAGAGACGCGACCAAGAAAGAGAUUGCUCAUGCUUACCGACAGCUGGCCAGAAAGUAUCAUCCAGACAAAUUUCGAGUUGGCGACCCCAAUCUUGUUGGAGAAACUGCAGAAAGUGCCCAGCAAAAAUUUUUACUCAUCACAACAGCCUACGAAACGCUGCGAGAUGAAGAAUCACGGAAAGAUUACGACUACAUGCUGGAUCACCCAGAGCAAAUCUACAGUCAUUAUUACUCAUACUAUAAGAGAAGACUCGCUCCCAAAGUGGACGUGAGGCUUGUCAUUCUGGGUACUGUGUGUAUUAUCUCAGUUUUUCAGUAUUACAGCUGGUGGAGAAGUUAUAAUGAAGCUAUCAGUUACCUGGCAACUGUCCCCAAAUAUCGUAUCCAAGCCACGGAGAUUGCCAAGCAGCAGGGUCUGCUGACCCGCACCAAAGAAAAGGGCAAGAACAAGAGGCCAAAAGAGGCCAUUCGAGAAGAGGAGGAGGAGAUCAUCAGAGACAUCAUCAAAAACAAGAUUGACAUCAAAGGAGGUUAUCAAAAACCCAACAUCUCUGAUAUUCUGCUGUGCAAGAUUAUCCUCUCCCCCUAUUACCUGUGUAUGUACAUGAUCUGGUACUUCUCAUGGAUCUACCGCUUCACCAUCUGCAGAGAGGAUUAUGGAGAUGAGGAGAAAUUCUACAUCAUCCGCAAGUACAUGCAGAUGUCACAGGCUCAGUUUGACAGCCUGGAUGAACACAUGAAGGAAACUUUCCUGGACAGGCAGCUGUGGAUCAAGGAGAAUUAUGAGGUCUACAAACAGGAGCAAGAGGAGGAGAUGAAAAUGAAGAUGGCCACAGACAGCCGAUGGAAACGCUACAGACGGUGGAUGAAAAACGAGGGGCCAGGUCGUUUAACUUUUGCCGAAGAUUGACCUUCUGCUGCAUGUUCCUUCCUACUCUCUGACGCACAUCUUUUUUUUUACGAGCUUGCACAUGCACAGAGCUGAGAACUACACGUCUUACGGAGAACUACAAAGAUGUGCAUGUGCAAUGUGGGCUACAAAUGAUUUUCUUAGUUAUAAAAUUAGAAAGGUAUAAAAGCAAUGAUUGUUUUUUCGACUAAGCACUCGGAAGCCGUUUUAUGGCUUUUGUGAGGGAAGAACUCAGAACUGGCUCAAUAUGAACAUCUGAAAUCUGUUCGUCAUAAUUUCCUCAAACUGUAUGAUGGACAUACACAGAAUUACUGGAGCGGAGAAGGAUACAAAGUCUCUCUCUUUUGUAAAAAUGCAUCCACAGAGCUUCUGACUUUUGACAAUCAUGGAAUUCUCUUUUUCUACCAUCUUCAUUUUCAUCCGCCAUCUCACUGUCGGAUCAUGUAUUUUUAAAAUUUAAUUAAAA